UAAUUUUGUUUCUGAUCCAAGCAGACCCUCAACCAAAAUCCCAAAUGACAUGGCAAUUUCUGAUCUGUGUGCCGUAGCCGCCAUUGACGACAAAGAACCAGAGCUAAGCUACAGCUUGGACCCUGAAACGGUGUCGUUUUCUCUACCGUAAAAUUCGCAGCUUUGGCAUAUUCCGUGUAAAAAAGAUGAGGUCUUCUUUGGAGACGAUCAACAUCGCUGCAAGUACUCAGAAGCUUGAAGUUGAUAAUCGAAUUUCUCUUCGUUUCUACUAUCGGAUUGCAGAUAAUAUCCUCAAACAGGCAGAUAUCUUUCGUGCUGAGAAUAAUAUUGUUGAUUUAUAUAUCAUGCUGCUAAGAUUUUCUAGCCUGGUCUCUGAGACAAUUCCAUGUCACCGAGACUAUAGAACAUCUCCACAAAGCAAGAAAGUAUCAUUAAGAAAGAGAUUGUUAAAUUCUAUGAAUGAACUGGAGAAGUUGAAACCACUGGUACGACAGAAGAUCAUUGAGUUUAACAGCAGGCAAGCAUAUCAACACAAUGGGUGGGAAAAAAAUCAUUCAAAUAGUUUGAUGCAUUUCUCUCCAAUGAAAAAGGAAACCUUGCCUAGUUACGGUCUAAUAAAGGAAGUCAGACCAAGAGCUGGAGAGUUUGUCUCCGAGGGAUCAAGGGGUCAGCCUUUUUCUUAUGCAAAGCCUAUUGACGAGAAAAUGAGACGAUUAUCUCUAACUCUCCCACGUCCAACAGAUGAAACUCUCUCUAGACAUUCGAUUCUUGGUCCCAGUGGGCUUAACGGGCAGUGGCUACCACCUAUAAGUGAUAAACGGGUCAGGUAUCCAUCCAACAUUGAUCUCUCACCAAUUGAAAUUCCAAGCCUACAACAAGAUUUGGAAGAUGGAUCUCAGAAGAAAAAAGAUAAUAGCGCUGUAGAACACAAUAAUUUGGAUAUGAAUUCCAGUCUUACUCAAACUGAGGACUGCCAGGCUCAGCAUGCUGAUGAACCUCCUUCUCUUAUCUCUUUUGAAGAAGUAACAGAAAUCACUCCUCAAAUAGAAGUUAUAAGACAGCCUUCUCCGCCGCCUGUACUUGCUGAAGUACAAGAUUUGGUUCCUCCAGUUUCACAUCAGGUGAAUGAUGUGGAAUGUAAGAUAGAGACCACAUCAUCAGAUAAUUUCCUUUGUGGCGAGUCUCCUCUGCAACUACACAUUUCAACUGCUAUGAUGGAAACUUUUAUGAAGUUUGCAAAAUCAAAUACUAAAAAGAAUUUGGAGACUUGUGGAAUUCUUGCAGGUUUGCUUAAAAAUAGAAAAUUUUAUAUUACGGCUCUAAUAAUCCCAAAGCAAGAGGCUACGUCAAGUUCUUGUCAAGCCACAAAUGAAGAAGAAAUAUUUGAAGCACAGGAUAAGAGAUCACUUUUCCCACUUGGAUGGAUCCAUACACAUCCUACACAAUCUUGUUUCAUGUCAUCCAUUGAUGUACACACCCAUUAUUCAUAUCAGAUUAUGCUGCCAGAAGCUGUUGCAAUAGUCAUGGCACCAACUGACAGUUCAAGAAAACAUGGCAUAUUUAGGUUGACAAGCCCGGGUGGCAUGUCGGUGAUCAGACAGUGCCCGCAGCGUGGUUUUCAUCCGCACAAUCCGCCGCCGGAUGGUGGUCCCAUCUACGAUACAUGUACAGAUGUUUACAUGAAUCCUGAUUUGAAUUUUGAUGUCAUUGAUCUACGAUGAUUAUUGAAAAAAACCGGUUUGUUAAAAAAAAGUGUCCUGCCAUGCCAAUUGUUCAUAUAACCAUACUUAAAUAGGUUUUAUAAUUAGACUUAAACCAUUAGAGCAGCCUUGCUGCUUUAUAUUCUUUGCUUAUUUUGUAACUAUUGACCAGCUUGCCUGUUUGGCCAUUUAUUCUGUAUUCCAUUCGUGGCGAUUUCAUCAAAUCUAGUUAAUACACUGACUCUGAUUGUUAUCUUA